GGGGUCACACUACAAGUCCCAAGAGCCCCCGCGCGGCGGCCUGUCUUUGUAUCCGGUGCCCUUGGCUCGGUCAGAGUAGUUCCUCGGCUUCACCAUGCUGUCCGCUCGAGCUCUCCGGUUUGCUCGUUCUUCUCUAACCUGUCAUGUACGAAGCUAUGCGGAAGCUGCAUCUACUGGGACGUCGGCCAUGAGCUUCACAUUCGCAUCCCCUAGCCAGGUCUUUUACAAUGGAGCAAACGUGAAACAAGUGGAUGUUCCUACAACUACAGGAAUGUUCGGUAUCCUAUCAAAUCAUGUCCCAACAUUGCAAGUUCUUAGACCUGGGCUUGUCACAGUGAUUGGUGAGGAUGGAACUGCAAUCAAGUACUUUGUGAGCAGUGGCUCCGUGACCGUGAAUGCAGAUUCCUCUGUACAGUUGCUGGCUGAGGAAGCAGUAAAACUGGACAUGUUGGAUCCGAAUACUGCAAGGUCUAACCUGGAAAAAGCACAGGCAGCGUGGCAGAGUGCUGCAGAUGAGGUAGCAAAAGCAGAAGCUCAGAUUAACGUGGAAGCAUGUGACGCCAUUGUUAAAGCCCUGGAAUAGAAGCCGGAAUUGUACAUCUCCUACAGCACUGCUUCCGUCUGCCGUCCCCCAAACAAUAAAAGAACAAAAAAAAA